UAUACCUAGGCUUCAGUUCCGCGGAGAAAAUCGAAAAUGGCUGUCUGUGUUGCUGUCAUAGCUAAAGAGAAUUAUCCACUCUACAUACGUACGAUUCCAACAGAGAAUGAGCUGAAAUUUCAUUAUACUGUCCAUACAUGUCUAGAUGUGAUAGAAGAAAAGGUAUCCUCAGUGGGGAAGAGCAGCACUGACUUGAGAGAGCUCUACCUUGGGCUUCUUUAUCCCACAGAAGACUACAAGGUUUAUGGCUAUGUCACCAACACAAAAGUCAAGUUUGUUAUUGUGGUGGAAUCCUCAAACACGCAGAUGAGGGAUAAUGAAAUCAGGAAUAUGUUCAAGACGUUACACAAUGCUUACGUUGACAUGCUUUGCAAUCCAUUUUACACUCCAGGAGAAAAUGUCAAAUCAAGGGCAUUUGACAGCACAGUUAACCAGAUGAUGAUACAGGACUGAAGUGUGUGUUGAUCAGAAAGCAGAAACACCCAUGGUGACUACAUCUUGUCCAGCAAGAAGCUUGAACAUUGAUGAUGCCAAUGAUAUCCUCUCGUUGCUUGAGAAAUCAGAGGAGAACCAUAGACACCUCAAAGACUUGAGGAAUAUUCGUGGAGGCUCCAAGAAUCCAAGUUGGAGCACCUGCAUAUUUAUUUUAUACUUGGAAGUUAUCUACUGGUUCUACAACUUCUACUUCUUCCCUUUCCAUGACUGAAGUGCUUCAGCCACAUCAGUGACCCAAACAGAAAUGCAAACAACAUGGCACUUCGGGACAGGAAUGAAGUUGACUGAACCAAACUAUACUCAAAAGCUGGGUUUGUGAAGGCCACAUUUUGCGUAAUCAAGUGUACAAAUUAUACGGAAGAAAGAUUCUUCAGUGGCCUCAUGACUUUGAAAUCCUGGCCUACACCCCAUCCCUGUUCGUGUGUUUCGUAAUAUUCAAAUGUGAUGAUACAAGUUGUGCAAUGCUUAGUUUUAUGAUGAAAGAGGCAUUACAUGAACAUGACUGUUUCGUGAAGAGGUCUAUGAAGUUAUGAAGGACUUCAUAAAUGACUGAACAAUUUUCUUGCCAUUUUGAUAAAUUGAUGACAGUUUUUUUCUGCUAAUCUCUUUUAAUUUAUGGCAAGUAGUGUAGAGAAUAACAAUAUUACUUAAGGACGUUCCACAGUUGUGUUUGUGUACAUCAUGAUCUAUGCAUAUUUUAUGCUACGUGCAUUGACGUCAUAAUGGAUGAAUAGGUGAUUAAUGAGCUAUAGGUACUACUAUGUAUCAACUGAUUUUUCACAUGAUCUACAU